AUGUCCGCUAACCCACCCCACAGAUGCGAAAAGACUGGCCACAGCGGCACCCUCGACCCCAAGGUCACGGGAUGCCUGAUUGUGUGCAUCGACCGCGCGACCCGCCUCGUCAAGUCCCAGCAGGGCGCCGGAAAGGAGUACGUCUGCGUCAUCCGCAUGCACGACAAGGUCCCCGGCGGCCAGGCCGCCUUCGCCCGCGCCCUCGAGACCCUCACCGGCGCCCUGUUCCAGCGCCCGCCCUUGAUCUCCGCCGUCAAGCGCCAUUCGACAACGACCGCCACCUGGGCGUCUUCUGGGUCAGCUGCGAGGCCGGUACCUACAUCCGAACCCUGUGCGUGCACCUGGGUCUGCUGCUGGGUGUGGGUGCCCACAUGCAGGAGCUGCGCCGCGUGCGAAGCGGUGCCAUGGACGAGACGAAGCAGCUGGUCACCCUGCACGACGUGCUGGACGCGCAGUGGACCAUGGACAACACCCGUGACGAGUCAUACCUGCGCAAGGUCAUUUCUCCGCUCGAGACGCUCCUUACGUCGUACAAGCGCAUUGUCGUCAAGGACAGCGCCGUCAACGCCGUGUGCUACGGCGCCAAGCUCAUGCUCCCCGGUCUCCUGCGAUAUGGUUGGUUCCGGCAUUGAGCACCACGAGGAGGUUGUCCUGAUGACCACCAAGGGCGAGGCCAUUGCCCUGGGCAUCGCGCAGAUGUCUACUGUGGAGAUGUCGACGUGCGACCACGGCGUUGUCGCCAAGGUCAAGCGCUGCAUCAUGGAGCGCGACCUGUACCCGCGCCGCUGGGGCCUCGGCCCCGUGGCGGCGGAGAAGAAGAAGCUCAAGGCCGACGGCAAGCUCGACAAGUUCGGCCGGCCCAACGACGCCACCCCGGCCAAGUGGACCGCUGGCUACCAGGACUACAGCAUGACGGACGCGUCGGCGGCUGCCGCGGCGGCGGCUACGACACCGCAGAAGGUGGUGGAGGAGACCAAGAUGGAGAUUGUGCAGGCCGAGACGCCGGCGACCGAGGACGGCGACAAGAAGAAGCGCAAGAAGCACGAGGGCGAGACGCCCGACGAGAAGGCUGAGCGGAAACGACGGAAGGCGGAGAAGAAGGCGGCCAAGGCGGCCAAGAAGGCCGGCAAGGGUGAGGCGGCCGACGACGACGACAGCGACUAA